GAAGUGCGCGACCGUCUCGCCCGUCAUUAUCACCCGCCUCCCCUAUAAAUACGACGGAGCCUCCCGUCUCCUCCUUUCCUCCGCCCCCGCUUCCGUGUCCCUGGCCAGCGCCGCCCUCUUUCCCGGCCCCCUUUUGCUCCCCCUCACGUCAAACCCCAUUCAAAGCCCUAGGACCCAGGUUGUGUUGUGUGUGUGUGAUCGGUGGGUGAUGAUGUCGCCGCCGACGAACGGCUCCGCCUCGCUUCCCGUGACGGACCUGUCCGACGCGGUACUCUUCCCCUUCGACGGCUUCUCCGCCGACGACUUCUUCGCCACCGCCCCGCCUCCGCUUCCUCCUCCUCUCGGCGCCGACCCGGGGCGCCUCCUCCUCGCGUCCUCCCGCAACGACGUCCACGCCUCCACGGACCUGGCCGUCGCGGCGCCCGUGGAGACCACCGGGAGCUCCUCCGCGCUGGCCGCGGCGCUGCCACUGACGCCGAGCUCCGGCCAAAGGACGUCGUGCUACCGCGGGGUGACCAGGCACCGGUGGACCAAACGGUACGAGGCGCACCUGUGGGACAACACGUGCCGCCGCGAGGGCCAGAAACGCAAGGGACGCCAAGUUUACUUGGGUGGCUAUGAAAAAGAAGAUAGGGCUGCUAGGGCAUAUGAUCUUGCUGCUCUGAAAUACUGGGGUGUCAAUGCUACUACUAAUUUCCCUAAAGAAAACUACAUCAGAGAGCUUGAGGAGAUGCAAAACAUGAGCAGGCACGAGCUUGUAGCUUCACUGAGGAGGAAGAGCAGUGGCUUCUCUAGGGGUGCAUCGGUGUACAGAGGUGUCACAAGGCACCACCAACAUGGACGCUGGCAGGCAAGAAUUGGCCGUGUUGCAGGCAACAAGGACUUGUACCUGGGAACUUUCGCAACCGAAGAAGAAGCGGCGGAGGCGUACGACAUCGCAGCGCUGAAGUUCAGGGGCGACAAUGCCGUCACCAACUUCGAGCCCAGCCGGUACAACCUGGAGGCGAUCGCCUGCAGCGACCUUCCGGUCAACGGGAGGCGGAUGAGCAGCCACAAGCCAACAGCGGCAGCAGCACCAGAAGCGCAAGGCGAGAUUACCUUCGUGUCCUCGGCUCCUCCGAUUCCCCAGCAGUCGUGCAGUGACGUGCAAGUGCCACCUUACGUCCUCCACGGCCUUCUGCAGCUCCAGGCCUCUGAGCCCCUGCAUGCUCUGCCGCUUUCGAGCUACAGCUUUGGGGAGCCCAGCUUCUACUGGCCCUUCGGCGACGUGGAGCAGAAGGUGCAGCUUGACAGCAAGGUGGAAGUGGCUGGUGGCAUCCUUCAGCUGGCCAACUCGGCUGUGUAGUCUCUGGGCUCUCAAAGGGCCUGUGCUUUUGGAGAUGCGAGCAAGUGCAGCGAUGUUUUGGCUGGGUAGCUGGGACGGAGGUGAUAUUUUGCCGUUGCUGGUUUGGAACUCACCACCUGAACAUACUCUAGGGUAUAGUUGCUGGUGCCGCUUGGUUCCAGCUGUCCUCUUCUAUGUGUCAAGGUUAUUAAGACAGUUAGCGAACUUGAGUAGAUGCUGCUCCUGGCAAGUGAUAGCGGUAGCAGGGCGAAAGAAGCUCCAAGGACGGUAGCAGCGGUAUGUGGGCUGCUGUUCCUUGAAGAGGUUUAUGGCGCACCUCAGAAUGACAUGCUAAGUUAUCUAGUUUUAGUCGA